GCAGAAGCAUCCAAGACGCGAAAGAAGACCUGCAGCAGACACCGGAUCUGCGGGCUGCUCAUCAGCGUGCUGCUCAUUUCUCUCAUUCUUGUAUUUUUUAGUGUCAAAUAUCUCUGGAGCCCAACACCUAGAACAGUUUAUGACAUGGAACACACUUUCUUCAGCCAUGGCGAGAAGAAGAAGAUUGUGAUGGAGAUCGACCCUCUGGCCAGGACAGAGACCUUCAGGAGUGGGAAUGGCAGCGAGGAAAUCCUGGAGAUCCAUGACUUCAAAAAUGGAAUAACUGGCAUCUUCUUUGUGGGACUUCAAAAAUGUUUCAUCAAAACUCAGACUAAAGUCCUACCUGAGACGACGGAGGCCAAGAUCCCCGAGCUUGAGGGAGAAGAAAUCACAACCACCUACUUUGAGCAGUCUGUGGUCUGGGUGCCUGGGGAAAAGCCCAUUCAGAACAAAGAGUUCCUGAAGAGCUCCAAAAUUUUUGACAUCUGCAGAAAUGUGACCAUCUACUGGAUCCACCCCACGCCGAUAGCAGCUCCUGAGCUGGCCAACCUUGAAGGGGCAGAAGAAGAUGACCCUGAGCUGCUCCUAGACAACCAGAGCUGGUGGGACGGGGUGAGUGAACACGAGGUGGAGAAGGAUGCGCAGCCAGGGCCCAAGCGUCGGGCACGGCAGCUCACCGAGGAGGAUCUGCCUGUCAACGACUACUCGGAGAAUGGGCUGGAGUUCCACCCCUUGUGGGAUGAGCGAGGCUACUGCUGU